GGCAGUGUCUUGAGUGUCUGUAAAAAUUUCAACAUACCUGCAUACCCAUGUACGAGUAGGCACAUAUAAAAAUAAGAAGCAGCAAAAUAUACAAAGAAGAAACAAGAAAUAAAAAAAAAAUAAGUGCUUAAACAACAAAUAAUAAAAUACAUAAGCAAAGUAAAUAGCAAAAAAUGGUUACUCGACGCCUUUUGUUGGGUGACAGCUGCUGCCAUCGCAGCAACAGCUACCACAGCUACGACGACAACAACAACAGCAGCGAUAAAAACCGGCUGUAUAAUAUGAACGACGACAAUAGCACUCAAUUCGAUAUUGAAAAACGUAAACGAAACCGAAAUACACCAAAUUGUGAAAUAAAAAAUAAAAAUUUUGUAUCAACUUUUCGUAUAUCAUUUGUCGGAAUUUUGUCAUUGUUGGCCAUGGUCAAUGCAAUUGUCGCUGUGCAGGGUGCUGCUGUUUACUCGAAUAUCAACUUCCUAACCAAUCCUAAUUUCGAGCAAAUCUGCAGCGUCCAACAGGAGCAUUACAUCGAAAGCGACGGCAAAGAAUCUAGUCUCAUACUCGAGUUUGCAUCCGGCGUUUUAGCCGAGAAAAGGAAAUCAUGUACGCGCAUACUCAGCGCACCCACCAACUAUGGCUUCAUUGUACGCCUCAUUUUACCAAAGAUACGACGCAAUCGGCAUGGCAUUGCCGCGGCUAGCACUAUUGCCGAAGGUGUGGUAGGAACGGCGACAAGCCUAGUGAGCACCUCGCCAAAAACGACGACUGCAAACGAUGCUACUACUGACACGAUGCUGACUGACAGGUUAGAAACUGAAGGCGGUGCGGCUAAGAGAAGUGGCGCGCCAGCACUAAGUGGGAUGACGUCGCUGAUUGACAGACUCAAUGCCACUGCAAUAAACACAGCAAACCCAGCGAGAUCUUGCCCAUUGGCGAUUUUCAGCUCUUUGGACUUCCACACACCGCAAUGGCGUCUAGAUCCCUGCCAAUUGGAAGACACAGCUCCCGAUAUGGAGGAUCCGGUGCGUUUGUUUCAUGGGCGCGUGCGAAUUGUUUGGGAACACGGCCAACACACGUUGCAUUCCAAGUUGAUGGUCACAGCUUUGGGCAAGGGCGAACAGUGUCGCAAUGAGAAUAAGCAUCAGUGCUUAAGGAUCGGCGAUGAACCCAUACUUUGCAUUUCCAAAGAGCUUGUCUGCGACGGCAUCCGCCACUGUCCGAUAAGCAAUGAAUACGACAGCGAUGAGGAUUAUGAAAUGUGUUGGAAGCGACGCCGCUACGGUGAACCCAUUCCUCCUGCCAUGGAAACAGAUAUUUUUGAGCAUUUUGCAUUGGAGGUUUUUCGUAACUUGUUUGCCUUCGAUGUGCCGGCAUAUGGCGAGAAGACUACAACCACAGCUAUCACUGCAGAGACAGCUCAAUCUGCGCAGGAGGGUAAUGGCAGCAGUGGUGUGGUGAAUAGCACCACCCUGCGUAAAGUGGACACGAAGCAGAUGGGCCAAGCGGCGAAUGAUACCAAUACAGGUGGCAAUAGUACAGUGGCGGCCACAGCGCAAGCUGAAAAUAGCACAGAAAACACUGGCGGCCACCACCAUCGACGCAAUUCGACACGUUCGGGUCUCAAUUCGGAUUUGUCGAAAUAUGGCCCGUGGGGUUAUUUGAUGCUGGGCAUGCUACUGUGUGGUGGCGCUUUGCUGAUUUGUGGACUUUGGGUUUGCUGUUGUCGCUUAAGCUUUCACAUUCAAACCAUCCGUUCACUUUCAGCCUCUGCCUCCCAACACGCAACCAACAAUGAACGCGAAGCAGCAAUGCAGACUGGCGGCGCAGGCGCUGGCAGUGAUCUUCAAUCGAGCAACACCGCACCACCCAAUUACGAGGAACUCGAUCCACCACCUGCCUACUCAGUACUAUUCCCCAACCAAAAGGCGGCUUCCAGCACAACAUUAAGUUCACUCGGCGCCGCAGCGCUAAUGCCACCCACAAUGGCCGCCGUAGCCGUAACAACACCAAAUGGUACUGCAGUGACAACGCCUCCUGGUGUGGUGGCAGCAACUUCAGCUCAAACUAGUACUAUAGCAGCGGCAGCGGCAGCCGCAGCCGCAGCCGCAGCUUCUUCGACAACAGCCGUAGCAACAACAACAACUCGCGUGCAGCUGGAGAGCGCAGCGUGCAGUUCACAGAGUCACUGAUACUUAGCGAUUAAAUAAAAAGCAUGUCGCCGUACCUGGAAAGUGACCGCGUCCAAUAACUAAAUAUACUAUAAGUAUACUUUUAUGAAGCGUAGAGAAGAAGUUUUUCUGAUUAUUUUCAAUUGGAAAAAACGACUGACUUUUUAGCUCGAUUUAAGUAAAAUAACUGUAGUUUUAGGCUAUACAAAAAAAAAAAAA